CAACAAUCUGUUGGGAAUUCCGCCAAGCAAAUUCAACAGGACAUUCAAGACAACUAUGGAAGCUCUAUCGAGGUCCAUACUCGUAAUCUUUACAAGCAUUUUCGAUGUAGUGUAACAAUAGAUGAAGAUGAUGAUAUUGACUUUGAGAAAGAAGUUGCUUCUUGCCGCAAUAAUGUCGAGUAGUUAAGGUGUUCUGAGGACUAGCCAGUUCUCUGAAAUAAAUGUCAAUCAGAAGCCAAAUGUGUGAGUGUUUGUUUUCAUUUUCUUUGAAAAGAUUCUGCAUAAAGGGGCAGGAUGAUUGCAAAUGGCUUGUAAUUAAAUUGUAUAUGAUCUUUCGUAUAGCCAUUUGUCAGUGGUUUUUUAGUUACUCCAAAUUUUAUGUACAUACAUACUGUAGAGGCCGGAACAGACUCCAGUACCUUGUGUUUCCUUUCUUGGGAGUCCUCAAUCUACCUCGCAAAGGAAGACGGAAGGCUAAAUUCAGUGGCACCAGCAACACCAGUAGAAAGGUGUAAUAUUUAAGAGACUACUCGUGUCACGAUAAGUGUACAAAUAGCAAUGUUAUCCUCCCUGGCUUUUUCUACUCGAAUAUUAAGGAAUUCACUGUGCUUAUUCCACAAGAUCAUUUUUUAAACUUUUACCAGAAUUUUCUUACAAAAGUCAUACUCAAAUGAAGCAAAUCAUAAAAAAAAUACACAUUCACUGUUAUACUGAGAUAUUCUUCUUUGUUUAUGCACAAAACUCUCCCUAUUCUAGAGAAAAUGUUUCCUCCAUACCAAACACACCCUUAAACUUGAGUUGGUUGAUAGAGACUAGAGAGUAGAGAGCACUACAUGGAUUAUGGACCUAGCUAAAAGAAAGACCUUUUAUUUGUAGAUAAGCUUAGGAAAUUCGCAAAUUCGCAUUCUCUGUCACCUUGACACAAGCAUACUCCUCGACCCCAACAUUUGUUGAGUUUAUUAUUGCUAGACCGUACUACACUUGAAUUUGAAUUGGGCGUUAUCAAUAUACAGCUUGAACUCCUUUAUUUAAACUAAAAUUUUAGUUUAUUUUUCUAAAGAGAUUAGUGUAGGGUCUAAUAAUGAAUGAUCACAAAUUUUUCUACUUUUUCCUGUCUUUUUUUUAAAAACUUUGGUCUCUUCUUUUGUCUACAUGAUGAUAAGGUUAGGGACCUCACAUCUUUCUACUUUACCUGUUAGUGGACCUAGCUAGAAAUGUGAUGGAAAUAGUUAGUAAAAGAAAGAUUACAUAACUUGUGGCAAUUAAUUUGUCCAUUUUCAUACUGAGUGUGAGAGAUUCCUAUUUUUUGGAUAUAUGGCUUAUGCUGCUGUUACUUCCCUUAUGAGAACCAUACACCAGUCAAUGGAACUUACUGGAUGUGAUUUGCAACCAUUCUAUGAAAAGCUUGAAUCUUUGAGAGCUAUUAUGGAGAAAUCCUGCAAUAUAACGGGAGAUCAUGAGGGGUUAACAACCUUGGAAGUUGAAAUCGCGGAGGUAGCAUACAAAGCAGAAGACAUGGUUGAUUCGAAAUCAAGAAAAGUUUCUUCCGCAGAAACUGUAAUUACACGAAGCAAAGCUUUCUGGGAACUCUGUUGUUCCUUGGAACAAGAGGUAGAAUGCAUUGAUUCCUUCAUGAUGCAGUGGUUGGCAAUAUGGGACUGGUACAACAACUUUAAAGAUUUCAAAGCACAAAAUUUUUGUCUAUCCAAGAUACCUGAACGUGCUGUUGAGCGGUCCGAGGAUAUAAUGGUUGGCUAUGAAAAUGAAUUCAAGAUGAUGCUGGAUCAACUUGCUAGAGGAGAAAGAGAACUAGCAGUUGUAUCAAUUGUAGGUAUGGGAGGCAUUGGCAAGACAACUUUGGCUACGAAACUCUACAACGAUCCAUGCAUGAUGUAUCGUUUUGACAUUCGUGCUAAAGCUACUGUUUCACAAGAGUAUUGUGUGAGAAAUGUUUUCCUAGACCUUCUUUCUUGUAUAAGUGAUAAACCUUAUGAUCAGCUACAUGACGGGCAACUAGCAGAUCGACUACAAAAGCUUCUAAAAGGUGAGAGAUAUUUGGUAGUCAUUGAUGACAUAUGGACUACAAAAGCUUGGGAUGAUAUACAAAUAUGUUUCCCAGACUUUCAUAAUGGAAGCCGAAUACUCUUGACUACUCGGAAUGUGGAAGUGGCUGAAUAUGCUAGCUCAGGUAAGCCUCCUUAUCACAUGCGCCUCAUGAAUUUUGACGAAAGUUGGAGUUUAUUGUAUGAAAAAGUCUUUACGAAAGACUCUUUCUCCCCUGAAUAUGAACAACUUGGAAAGCAAAUUGCAUUGAAAUGCGGAGGAUUGCCUCUAGCAAUUGUUGUGAUCGCGGGACUUCUCACUAAAAUUGACAAAGCAUUGAGUGAGUGGCAAAGUGUUGCUGAAAAUGUAAGUUCAGCAGUAAGCACAGAUGUUGGUGUCCAAUGCAUGAGGGUGUUGGCAAUGAGUUACCAUUACUUGCCUCACCACCUAAAACCAUGCUUUUUAUAUUUCGCAAUCUUCCCAGAGGAUAAACUGAUUUUUGUCAAUAAACUUAUGAUAUUGUGGGAAACAGAGGGAUUUUUGAAGGUAGAAGAGAUGAAAAGCAUAGAAGAAGUGGCAGAAAAGUACCUACAAGAUCUUAUUGAUAGAAGUUUAAUUUCCAUAGAAAGUACUACUUUUGAUGGAAAAAUUAAGUGUUGUGGAAUUCAUGAUACGACUCGUGAACUCUGUAUGAUGGAAGCUCGUAACAUGAAUUUUGUGAAUGUUCUCGGAAGUAAGAAUGAUCAAAAUCCAUGUGUGAAAUCUAUGCAGUGUUUGUCUAAGAGUCGAGGUCGAAUCAGCAUCCAUAAUAAGAAAGAGUAUGUUAGGUGCCUUAACAGUGAAGCUCAUUCUGUUAUCUUAUUUGGUAGAUUCCGAUGUUGCAUGAGGGAGUACUUGCCGUUCAAGCUAGUAAGAGUUCUAGAUCUUGCUGAUAAUAUCUGUCUAACUUUUCCCCGUGAAAUACUUUAUUUGAUUCACUUAAGACACCUAGCUUUGCGUAUUUAUCCUAACGUUGAGCAAUAUCUAGGAUCCGAAGAAGAUGUUCUCUCAUCAAGAGUAGACAUUCCUACAUCCAUAUCAAACCUAUGCUAUCUGCAAAGUUUGGUACUUUACCUUCCACUCGUUAUUAAUCUUCGUAAACAUGCUUUGAUAUUACCAUCAGAAAUUUUGACUAUGCCACAGUUGAGGCACCUUCAUUUGGAUCGGAAUUACUUGCGAUAUCAUGAGCUUACAGAGAAAAGUUUGGUUAUGAAAAAUUUACAUUCUCUGUUUGGAUGGAAUCCUAGCUAUUGUACUGCAUCUUUCUUUAGACUAUUUCCCAAUUUAAAGGAGUUGCAAGUACGUGGCAUCCCACAAGACUUCCAUAGUCACAAAGACCUCUAUGAUUUUCGCUACUUAGAUCAUCUCGAGGAACUAGCAUUUUGUCUUCCUCCUCAAAAUAAUGCUUACUUUUUGGAGAGGAGAAUGUGUUUUCAGACAAGGAAUCCACUUGUUGUAGAAGUUGUUCCAUCUUUGAUCUUACCUCCUCCAGAUGCUUUUCCACGAAACCUUAAGAAUUUAACUUUUACAGGAAAUUUCUUCUUGUCAUGGAAGGAUUUAAGCAUUGUUGUCGGAAAAUUGCCCAAACUUGAACUUCUUGAACUAACACAGGGUGUAUGCAGAGGCAGGGAGUGGGAAGUAGCUGAGGAAGGGUUUCCUUUUUUGAAGUUCUUGUUACUUAAAAGAUCACAUAUUCAGUACUGGAGAGCUAGUUGUGAUCACUUUCCGUGCCUUGAACGACUAUUUCUUGAUAGUUGCAGGUUUUUGGACUCAAUCCCUCAAGAUUUUGCAGAUAUAACCACACUUGCUCUAAUUGAUAUAAGAAACUGCCCAGAAUCUGUUGGGAAUUCCGCAAAGCAGAUUCAACAGGACAUUCAAGACAACUAUGGAGGUUCUAUCGAGGUCCAUAUCCAUCAGGCUUUUGAGGAAACAAGUGACGAUGACGAUCAUGAUGAUGAUGAUGAUAAUGAUGAAGAAGAUGAAGAUGAUGAUGAAGAUGAUGAUGAAGAUGAAGAUGAUGAUGAAGAUGAAGAUGAAGAUGACAACGAUGAUGAAUAUGAUGAUGAUGACCUCUUUCUUUCAAAUGUUAUAGCAUAGGGGCAGGAUGACUACAGAUGGUUUGUAAAUUAGCCUACUCAAAUUUUAUAUCUGAAUCAAGCAAUAAAAUAUUGUCUUUGUUUUGUAGAAUGAACAAGUAAAAGUGGAUAUUUAUUUUUAGCAAUAAAAAAAAAGUAUAACCGGAUCAAAGUACU